GGCUGUCUUAAAGGUAUUAUUUGACCCUGGCAUCGAUGGGCGUUCUCAACGACGAACAAAAAGCAAGCAUAGCCCGGGAGCUGCUCUUGGGUGAGGCCGACCCCCCUGCUGACCUUUCAACGUACUUUACAUACUACGAGUCUGUCUUCUGCUCUUCUAUCCAUCCCAGGGGGUUUGUGAAGCGGUAUUCUCCUGCUGUUUCCACCCAUGAAGACGUUCUUGAAUGCGCAAGGAGGCUCCGUGAGAAUCCCACGUCGACCCGCGAAGAGUUGACGAACAGCCUAUUCCCCGACAGGACCAUUCCACCAGAAACGAAGGACUAUGCGCUUAGAUCAGUCAUCUAUGUUAUGUUCAUGCUCAAUUGUUCACUCAAGCGGAUGCACUCUCCAGGAUUCAAAAUCGGCAGUUAUUCACCAAUAUCCUGGGAGGCAGAGGAGUCACUUGUCGCCUACGUGAAACGCGCCCUCCCGCGAGUCCCAGUCGACAAAGGCACGCCGUUUGUUAGCUGGGAAGAGCGGGGAAAGGAGCUCAGGGCAUGGAAGUUGAAGAAGCGAUACCACCUACAGCUCCGGCCGACGAGCAACAUCGCAGAACACCUUCUUUGCGAUCCCGCAACAAGAACCGUGUAUAUAUUCCACCACACAGCGUAUCUAAAGGCUCACCUUCGGCGGUCUGAAGAACAGCCUCUCGAUCAAGAAGCUUGCGAGAGCCUGAAGCUUGGGACACUCCCUCCUCAGUUACUUCUCGAAACUCUUUACACAAUCUACUCCAUUCUCUUCCCAGUGGCAAACGACCCAAAAGGCAAAUCAAACAAACUACUCUCUCGCUUAAUUCGCAAGGGAAGCUUCGAUCGAGAUGCUAGGCUUGUUGAAUACAUCAGGAAUGAAAACGACCCCAUCGUAUAUGUCUACUGGAACGCCCGCCUAGAAGAGCUGUAUAACUUCGUGCAGGACCUUCCCCCGAGGAAUCGGUUCACCUGGUGGAUAGAGCGGCACACCUCCGAGAGAAACGCACUGACCAUUGCUAUCAUCGGUUUAUUUCUGAGUGCCUUUUUUGGACUUCUGGCUUGCCUUAUCGGAAUUGCGCAGCUCGUAGUGGCUAUCCUUGCUUGGAAGCGCCCGAACCAGCCAUCGUGAGUUCAGAUGCAUUUUGUCCUCUGCUUUGCUACGCCAACGUUCAUCGGUAUAUGUUGGAGGACGCAUCACCAAUCAACUUGGAUAUCUAAGCAGCGUACACAAUAUACUGAUAUCAAUGCAUGACUUCCUCCCGGCAUAAGGCAUGGAGGCCCUAUUUGGAGGGUUCCUUGUACCUUGUACCACCGUACUUUGUGGUAUCUAACAUGCCCUUGGGGAGUAUACACAUAGCCGGAAGUACUGCUAGACCGAGAUAUCUAGUAUCUACUGAUAUAUGGGUUUAUUGGACAUAUUAAG